ACCCACGGCGAUGGCGCUGCUCCAUUGAACCAUGGCAAUCCCGAGCGCCGCCUCCGCCAGCUUCUUCUCCAAGCCUAGAGCUCUCCAUCCUUCUCCUCCCAAACUCCUCGCUCGCCGCGUCGCCGCCAUUUACCCGGACGUGGCACGAUCCGCUUCCAUUUCGGCCUCUUCGAACGGCCGUACUCUCAAUCCUAACCACCGUACGUUUUUGCUGCUUUCCUUUGCCGGCGGCGGCGGAGAUGGGGGCACCAACGGGGGGGAAUUCCCAGGCGGCGGCGGCGGUGACAGGCACGGAGACGGCGAGAGCGGCGGCCAUAGCAGCAACAAUCGGAAGGAGGCGUUGAUGGCGCUGGCGGAGUCCGGGAGAUCGCUGGAGAGCCUGCCCGGCGACUUGAAGGCGGCGAUUGAGAACGGGAGGAUUCCGAGAUCGAUCGUUUUAAGGUAUUUGGAGCUCGAAAAAUCAGCUUGGCUGGGGUGGCUUCUCCGGUUCGGAGGCUUUAAGGAACGGCUCUUAGCCGACGAUCUCUUCCUCGCUAAGGUCGCCAUGGAAUGCUGCGUCGGGAUCUUUACCAAGACUGCUGCUGAAUAUGAACGCCGCAGGGAAAAUUUCUUCAAUGAGCUGGAAAUUGUCUUUGCAGAUGUGGUUGCUCUGCCCGGAACAUCAUUUUCAUUGUUGCAGAGAUUUGGUGCUAUAGCACGAAAUGGGGCAAAACUCUUUGCAGUUGGCACUACUUCUUCUAUGGUUGGUACCCUUGUGACGAAUGCACUGAUAAAUGCACGAAAAACUGUUGAUAAGGCCUCGGCGGGGGAGGUGGAGAAUGUGCCCGUGUUAUCAACCAGUUUUGCAUAUGGUGUCUAUAUGGCAGUCUCUAGCAACCUUCGGUACCAAGUGUUGGCAGGUGUUAUUGAACAGAGGAUGCUGGAGCCUUUGCUGCACCAGCACAAGCUGGCUUUAAGUGCACUUUGCUUCGCCGUUAGGACUGGCAACACAUUCUUGGGCUCAUUAUUGUGGGUCGAUUACGCACGUUGGAUAGGGAUUCAAAAGGCAGAUGAAACUGAAAGAUAAAAGGGCUUUUAUAUGGGAUUAAUAAAGGUUAGGUUUCAUUAAUGGAUGCAUCCCCCUCAAAAUUAGCUGACUUUUCAUUUAAACAGAUUUGAUUGGAAUUAGGUAGUUGAUGUACUGUGGCAUUUUUAGGAAUCAUUUAUUAUAAGCCAAAAAAACCCUAAACCCUAA